ACAAACAUGGCGUCUUCUGCGGAUGUUCAUGUCCGUAUCUGUGGACAAGAAAUUAUAAAAUAUGACCUGGAGAUUAAGGCCCUCAUCCAGGACAUCAGAGACUGCCCUGGACCUCAGUCUACUCUCUUGGAGUUUAACUCUCAGGUCAAAGAUAAGUUCAACCAUCUCAGACUCAGGAUACAGGAUCUGGAGCAGAUGGCCAAAGAGCAGGACAGAGAGACUGACAGACUGACCAUUCAGGCAGAGACGGAGAGCCAGCGAAAGCAAAUGCUGAGUAACCAGACAGCUUGGAGGAAAGCUAACCUGGCCUGUAAACUGUCCAUAGACAACAUGGAGAAGGAUGAGCUGCUCCAUGGGGGAGACACCGGGAGCACCAGACAGAGGAAGGUGACUAAAGAAAGCCUAGUAGAAACCAGCAGCAACAUCACGGAGAGUCUGAUGUCUAUCAGCAGGAUGAUGGCCGAACAGGUGAAUCAGAGCGAUGACACCAUCGGCACACUCGUUAGCUCCUCCAGGACAGUGCUGGAAACCAACGAGGAGUUUAAAAACAUGACAGGGACCAUCCAUCUGGGAAGGAAGCUGAUCCUGAAGUACAACCGGCGGGAACUGACAGACAAGCUGCUGAUCUUUCUUGCUCUGGCCCUCUUCCUUGCCACCGUCCUCUACAUCCUUAAAAAACGCCUCUUCCCCUUCAUUUAGCCAAGUUGAUUACUUUCCCCAGACAGGAAACAUGGGAGAGAGAGUGGGGGGGUGUGACAUGCAGCAAAGGACCUCCGGCCGGGAUUCGAACCGGGGUCGGCUGGAAGUUACAACAUGUUACAAAGUGGGGUUUUAUCAGGAAUGGAGAGGAAACAAGGACUAAAUGUGACUAAAUAAUUGAUGCACUUUGAGUCUGUUUCAUCCUCUUUAGCAGCCUCGUUUUUAGCUUGAAUAAUAUGCAACAAUGUGGAUUUAUAAAAAUGUUUAUGAAGGUAUCAACCUAUGAAGGAACACGUAAACCUUCAGCUAAAGUGAAAAGAGCAAAAUGGGUUAUUGAUUUAAUGUCUGCUUCAAACAAACUUGUCGUUGGACUGUGUAAAGGCAAAAGUUUUUAUACCUGUUGCAAAUGGCCGCACUUGAUAUCACACUGCCCUCUGAUCUCUCAGAACUCAGUAGCUUUUAUAUGAAUUUGCAGACACAAUUAAAAAAAUUCUUACAAUUGGAGGUAAGGGUGCACACUUUCAUACAGUAUCUUCUCAAAGGCAUUAAUGGUUUUGCACAAAAAGUCACAGAAGUAACCUCCAGUUAAUCCUUUUACUUUUCUGUCAAAUUACAAUCUGUGUAUGUGUACUUUUAUCUUGUGCCUUCCUUUCCUCCAAUCAGACUACUGAAUUAGAAAUCUGUGUGAUUACUUACCACCUCACUGAUGUCUAACAUGUUGAGUCAGAGACUGUGUGAGUGUUAAACAGAGGGGCUGUUUGUAUAAUGUUGUAUAUAUUUCAUCUACAUAUUGAGCAUUGCUCCAAACAUGCCAGUAGAUGGCAGAAUACCCAACAUUAUAUCAACUGUGCGGUUGUGAAUAAAACAGUUUUACACGUCACAAUUGACUUACUUACUUUCAAGUUUAUUUACUUUCAAUCAUAAUCACUUACAAAUGUAUUUUGUACAUUCAUUUAAAUAAAAAUUUACAAAAUAUA